CUACCCCUUUCCCUCUCCUGCCGGAAACCCUCAGUCGCCAUUAGAGUUGUCUCGGAAGCCAAAGAUCUCCGAAACUGUCAUUAUUCGCCUCCUCCUCUUCCGCUUCUACACAAAACCAUUAAGAAAGAUUUGAAGCUUACUUCAAAAGAAAGGAAAUAGAUUAGCAGGAGAAAUGUCAUACAUGAGGGGAGAUCUAUUGACUAGGAUGAGGAAGCUUGUGAAGGGACUUGCCAGACCAACCCCACUUUGGCUCAAGGCCAUGGAAGAGGCUCCUCCUGUAACGUUACCUCGAUCCGACGGAAAGAUAAAAAAUAUUGAGAUGCCUGAGGAUGUUUAUGUAAAGAAGUUCUUCAAGAAAUAUCCUGAUUCUUUAUAUCAUGAUGCUGUAAGGUUUAACGGAUUUAACCCUCCUCCUGCUCGUGUUUUUGCAUGGCGAGUUCUUGAACUGAAACAGCAGGGAGUUGCUGAAGAGGAAGCAAUGGCAGUGGCUGAUAUGGAAUACAUGGCCGAGAAGAAGGCGAAGAAGAACGCAUACUCGGAGCUAAAGAAGAUUUGCAGGCUGCAGGGAAAGAAACCACCUCCAAACCCUUAUCCGAGCCCCAUCAAAGAGAUACAGGCCGAGGAGAAGAAAUAUGUGAAGGAUCGCUUCUUCAAUCCCAAGAUUCUUGAGAUUGUGAGGAAGAUGAAGGCUGAGAGGGCUGCUGCAGUGCAGGAAAGAAUGGCGAAUAAUCCUUCUGCUCGGCCUCCUCCUGCUGCUGCUGGUGGAAGGGUGCCAUGGUGAUUUAAAACUUUUUGCAAUUUGUAAUAAAAUGUAUUGAUGGUUAAUUUGAUAGGGGGCAUAAUUGUUAUGCAUUUACAUAUCUAGCAUCUAAACGUUCAUAUUUGCAUGCAUGCCACGAACAUUUUUGAUAUUACAAUCACCAGUUUUGCUUUUUAAAUUGGAGGUACAA